AUGGAUCGACGAGGACGUGAAUGGGGUUGUGGGUAUGGGUUUCGACAACCCUGCACUCCUGAGAGAGAUGAGGGAUUAGCGACUGGUCUGAACCAAAACCCUAGAAAUGAAGGGGGUGACCAAGUGGCUACGGCCCUUAAUUGCAUAACUGAUGUCCUUAAGCAUCUAGCUGAGCGCCAAGGCCCUGAACUGGUCAACCCACCUAGAAACCAAGAGAGGGGUGAGGAUAGAGCUCUAGAGCGGUUCCUAAAGUUCGCUCCACCUAGGUUUCACGGAGGAUCGGAUCCCGAAGCAGCAGAAAAUUGGUUUGAGAGGAUGGUGGAGAUUUUUGCCACCCUAGAUUAUGCCGAGGAGAGGCAGGGUCAAGCCCCUGUCAAUCAGUCAAGGGACCCUGAAAUAGGGGAAGAUAGGACCUUAGAGCAGUUUCAAAAGUUUUCUCCUCCCAAGUUUCUUGGAGGGCCAGACCCUGAAGGAGCAGAGAGAUGGUUGGAAACCAUGAUCAAUAUUUUCGCCGCCUUGAAUUACACGGAGGAAAGGGUGAGGCGGUUUGACCAAGGGUUGAACGUAAAGAUACCGGAGGUUUUUGCGGUGGCACAAAUUAAUAAAUUCACCGAAGUUCUUGAGAAAGCCCAGAGAAUAGAAAUUACAAGGGCACAAGUGAAGGUUUUUCAUGCAAUAAAUAAAGGUGCGUCUAGUGGAGAUCAAGGGCAGGAACAAGGUGAUCUAGGUAUGCCACCCCUUAAGGUGGGUCGAGGAGCUGGUGGUGUGAGAAUUUCGGGGGCAUCUAAGGAAGUUACUCCGAGAGAAGCCCCAGGUGGAAGAGGACAACUGAGAGAUGCCUCACAAGGAGAUCAAACAUCAAUCAUUUGUGGAUAUUGUUGA